AUGAUGCGUAUUCAUUUCAAAAAUGUGGGUGCGCCUAUCAUCCUACAAGUAGCAUCUUUCAUGUACCGACGGAUACGUUUGUCAUCCCUCUGGAUAAUUUUGACAUUCUUACUGUCAAUAUUAUUCAUCAGCAGUCUUUGGGAUUCAACUAUAUCUCCGUUACACAAUAAUUCCAAUGUCUUAUGGCUUUGGAAAGAAGCAGAUUUUUCUUCAUUAAAUUCCCUGUGGUCACAACCUAUCCUCAGCCAACAUCUUAUAAACAAAACAUUUGUGCUAAACAAAUCAUUAGGAAUUUCAAAUACACCGUCUCAUCUACAAUCGAUCACUUCUAUUUCGAAUUUACGCCAAUAUAUUUCAAGUCUUAACUCAGAUCAAUUUGUACAGAAUGAAGAUAUUUAUGGCCACCUACCAACCAAAGAUAAUUUCAAUCAUAUAAAAUCUGCUCCUGAACACGUAAUUUUAAUACAGGUCCAUAAUAGAACUCUCGAGUUAACUUUAUUAAUUGAAUCAUUAAGACGAGUGAAAGGAAUUGAAAAGGCAUUGGUUAUUUUCUCGCAUGAUUUUUAUUCUGAUGAAAUGAAUAAUCUAAUUGCCUCUAUUCGCUUUACGCGUACUGUACAAAUUUUCUAUCCUCAUUCAACUCAAAUAUUUCCAAAUUCCUUUCCUGGUACUGAUCCAAGAGAUUGUGAAAGUCGACUGUCACCAGAUAAAGCUAAAAUUAUUGGGUGUUUAAAUGCUGAUUGGCCAGAUACAUAUAAACAUUAUCGUGAAUCACGAUUCACUCAAAUUAAAAAUCAUUGGUUGUGGAAAAUCCAGUUUAUUCUUGAACAUUUUUAUCCUACUAAAUACUAUAAUGGCUACUUUAUUUUAUUAGAAGAAGAUCAUUUUGUUCUUGAAGAUAUUUUACAUGUUACCUCUUUGAUCAGUACAAAAUUUCAGAACCCUGUAAAUACUGAUGAGAUUAUUGCUCUUGGAUCGUACGAUAAAGAUCAGACAUAUACAUCUGGAAAGGCUGAAAUAACCUAUUGGCUUGCACCAAAACACAAUAUGGGCAUUGCUAUUUCCCGAUCUGUAUGGGAAAAAAUUAAAAGCUGUGAAAAGAUUUUUUGCACCUACGAUGAUUACAAUUGGGAUUGGACUUUACAAUAUGUUGGUCAACACUGUUUCCCAAAUAAACUGAAAGUGCUCACAUUACCUGGCUCUACCCGUGUCUUUCAUUUGGGUGAAUGUCGAGGACUUCAUCAUGAAAACAAAGUCUGUUCAUCCGAAUUACUCGCUACAAAUAUUUUACAAAAAUUCAGUGGAUCUCUACUGACGAAAUUAUAUCCAACAUCUUUGUAUUUAACAAGGAGUGUAUCACGUGUUAUUCCUACGCAAAGAGCUAAUGGUGGUUGGUCGGAUCUACGUGAUCGAAAUCUUUGUUAUAGCCUAUUAUCUGCUAAAUGGAAUGAUUUCUUAAAACAAUGGGCUCCUACACUCACAAAUUACUCACCUAUAUACUAA